CUGCAGACGGAGAGUCACUUGGGUCUUGACAUUCCUCCGCCGGGCAUCCCCGCUUUGUGCCCUGUUCCCGAUCUGCGCGGCCUUCCUUCAUGAAUUUGCGCUCACUGGAGCGCGGGUAGCGGGCUGCCAUCAUGUCGAACGCAAACAGCAUCAAGGUCGUGGCUCGAUUUCGCCCGCAGAACCGGGUUGAGAUCGAGUCGGGCGGUCAGCCCAUUGUCAGGUUCGAUGGCCAAGACACCUGCACCAUCGACUCCAAGGAAGCGCAAGGCUCCUUCACCUUCGACCGUGUAUUCGAUAUGUCAUGCAAGCAGUCCGACAUCUUCAACUUCUCCAUCAAGUCAACCGUCGACGACAUCCUCAACGGCUACAAUGGCACAGUCUUUGCCUAUGGCCAGACGGGUGCGGGGAAGUCAUACACGAUGAUGGGCAGCAGCAUAGAUGACGAGGAAGGGAAGGGUGUUAUUCCGAGAAUAGUCGAACAGAUUUUCGAGAAUAUCCUGUCCAGCCCAGCGAACAUCGAAUAUACGGUCCGCGUCAGCUACAUGGAGAUCUACAUGGAAAGGAUCCGCGACUUGCUACAGCCGCAGAACGAUAAUCUGCCGGUCCACGAGGAGAGGAACCGCGGCGUCUACGUCAAGGGGCUGCUGGAGAUCUACGUCUCCAGCGUACAAGAGGUGUUUGAGGUCAUGCGGAGGGGUGGGAACGCCAGAGCUGUCGCCGCGACAAACAUGAACCAGGAGUCUUCGCGCUCGCACUCGAUAUUCGUUAUCACCAUCACACAGAAGAACGUAGAGACGGGCUCGGCAAAAAGCGGCCAACUCUUCCUGGUUGACUUGGCCGGUAGCGAGAAGGUUGGCAAGACGGGCGCUAGCGGCCAGACGCUUGAAGAAGCAAAGAAGAUCAACAAGAGUUUGAGCGCUCUGGGCAUGGUCAUCAACGCACUGACAGACGGGAAAUCGUCGCAUGUCCCCUACCGCGACUCAAAACUUACGCGUAUUCUGCAGGAAUCUCUAGGUGGUAACAGCCGGACAACGCUUAUCAUCAACUGUUCCCCAAGCAGCUACAACGAUGCCGAGACGCUCAGUACGUUGCGCUUCGGCAUGCGCGCCAAGUCUAUCAAGAACAAGGCCAAGGUCAACGCUGAACUCAGCCCUGCCGAGCUAAAGAUGAUGCUCGCCAAAGCCAAGACGCAAAUCACAUCCUUCGAGAACUACAUCGUCAACCUGGAGGGCGAAGUACAACAAUGGCGUGCUGGAGAGACCGUACCGAAGGAGAGAUGGGUACCGCCUUUCUCCACUGAUGGUGUGGCUGGAGCAAGAGCCGAGGCAAGGACGGCCAGACCAUCAACGCCCUCUCGGUUACUGCCUGAUAGGUCGGGAGCUGAGACUCCGGGAGGCAUCUCGGAGAGAGCCGGAACCCCGAGUCUGCCCCUGGAGAAGGAUGAGCGCGAGGAAUUUCUGCGCCGGGAGAACGAGCUUCAAGACCAGCUUGCUGAAAAGGAGAGUCAAGCGGCCAUAAUGGAGAGGCAGCUGCGCGAGACGAAGGAAGAGCUUGCCAUCCUGAAAGAGCACGAUGCGAGAAUCGGAAAGGACAACGAGAGGCUAAUCAGCGAGUCCAACGAGUUUAAGAUGCAGCUCGAGAGGCUGGCAUUCGAGAACAAGGAGGCGCAGAUCACAAUGGAUGGCCUCAAGGACGCCAACGCGGAGCUCACAGCCGAACUAGACGAGGUCAAGCAACAGAUGCUUGACAUGAAGAUGAGCGCCAAGGAGACAAGUGCAGUGUUAGACGAAAAGGAGAAGAAGAAGGCGGAGAAAAUGGCCAAGAUGAUGGCCGGUUUCGAGCUCAGCGGAGACGUCUUUAGCGACAACGAGAGGUCAGUCGCUGACGCGAUCGCCCAGAUAGACGCGCUGUACGAAAUCAGCUCAACCGGUGACCCCAUCCCGCCCGACGAUCUCAAGGCGCUGCGGGAGAAGCUGGUCGAGACGCAGGGCUUCGUUCGGCAGGCUGAGCUGUCCGCGUUCAGCGCGGCAUCGACCGAGACGGAAGCUCGCAAGCGCGCAGAGCUAGAGGCGCGACUAGAAGCUCUCCAACUAGAACACGAGGACAUCCUCUCGCGCAAUCUCGAUGAGGUGGACAAGGAGGAGGUCAAGGCGAUGCUUGCCAAGACGCUGUCCGACAAGACAAGCACACAGAUCGAGCUGAUUGAGAAUCUGAAGGCCGAUCUGGCCCUGCGGACAACCGAGAACGAGCGGUUGAAGACAUUGGUCGACGACCUUCAGCGACGUGUUAAGGCCAACGGCGCUGUACCGAUGGCUAAUGGCAAGACGGUGCAGCAGCAGCUGGCCGAGUUCGACGUCAUGAAGAAGAGCCUGAUGCGCGAUCUGCAGAACCGGUGCGAGCGCGUGGUUGAGCUCGAGAUCUCGCUCGACGAGACGCGCGAGCAGUACAACAACGUGCUGCGCAGCAGCAACAACCGCGCGCAGCAGAAGAAGAUGGCCUUCCUCGAGCGAAAUCUCGAGCAGCUGACCCAGGUGCAGCGGCAGCUCGUCGAGCAAAACUCGGCGCUCAAGAAGGAGGUUGCCAUCGCGGAGCGCAAGCUGAUUGCACGUAACGAGCGCAUCCAGAGCCUGGAGACCCUGCUUCAGGAGAGCCAGGAGAAGAUGGCGCAAGCUAACCACAAGUUUGAAGUCCAGCUCGCGGCCGUCAAAGACCGCCUCGAGGCAGCCAAGGCCGGCAGUACGCGCGGUCUCGGGUCGCCGACGGGUCUCGGCGGCUUCAACAUUGGCAGCCGCAUCGCCAAGCCGCUCCGCGGAGGCGGCGACGCCACCGCUUCUUCCCACCCAACCGUUGCGGCCCUGCAAAGCCCGCCCGAGAAUAAGAGAUCGAGCUGGUUCUUCCAGAAGUCGUAAGGAACGCGAAGCUGGAUGUCAUGUUUUGAUUGCUGUCUUGGAUGUGGGUGGGUGGACUGUUC